GAGGGCGCCAUGAUUGUACGGUAUGUAUGGGAGUUCGCUUCAGGUCGUUCGCAGUCUGGCUUAUAGUGUUGUCAAGUCUUGACUAUUUUAUAUUGUGAAGUAAAGAUUUUAUCUGAUGAACUAUGUAUGGUAGAAACCAAUAUACCGGUAACUUGUGCAUCAUGAAACCCACGAAUAUUCAGUUUUCGCAAGACUCAGUUGCAAAAUCAUUUAAAAAUGAGGGAGCUGAAUUACAUGAUACUUGUCAACUAAUAUCAACUGGAUCUGUCAGUGCGGAUGAGAUCCGUCCAAUAAGAGUGAUUAUAAAGGAUAACAAGGCGAUAAGUGUUGACAAUCGUCGGUUGUACGUUUUUCGUGUGUUGGAAAUAUCUGGACAUCUUCACAGCAUCAAAGUUCAAGUUAUAAACCAGUACGAUGAAGAACGUUUUACUUCGACCAACAAUGGCUGCCAUGUACGACUACGAAGUGGUGGACGUCGACAGAGAGCUCCACCAGCAUACAGACAUUGUGAAUGUUAUGAGGGUAUAUCACAAGCAGUUUUUUCACCUUCAAUCUACGGGCAACAUGAGGUACAGGGCAGAACUAAUAUGACGGAUCAUCUAUAUACACCGCGAGGCUAUAGGUCAAAUUAUACUCCAGAAACUUCAAGAUUUGACACUGUCGAUCAUGCCCGGAACAUAGAGAACAAACAGCCAGCACGACAGAGUAUGGCCAGCACGACACAGCAUGAUGAGUAUUUGUUCGCAAAAAUCUUACUUUUUCUUCUGUUUAUCUUCUUUUUGGCAAUAUUUCCCAAAAAAGCCUGAGUGGUGACAUGUAUAGGAAAAUGUUCAAAUCUCACCAAACGAGAAUAUUUUGAAAGAGGUAUAAGGCCUUGUACGAAAAACUGAAGUAUAUGUUUCUGUUUAAAACUCUGUUAGAACACAAUAACGUGAUAUAACCAGCAAUCACAAUCAUUGUUUUAUAUUUUGUAAGUUUAACUCACUCGUAAACAAACGUGAAUAAAUAAACGUAUAACCCACUUA